GUGUUUUACAAUGGCGCCAACGUGAAGCAGGUGGAUGUGCCCACGCUGACCGGCUCCUUCGGUAUCCUGGCCUCUCACGUCCCCACCCUGCAGGUCCUCAAACCCGGAGUCGUGACGGUUUAUGCUGAGGAUGGCACAGCCACCAAGUACUUCGUGAGCAGCGGCUCCGUCACUGUCCACGCGGACUCCACAGUGCAGGUGCUGGCAGAGGAGGCGGUGACGAUGGACAUGCUGGAUCUGGCUACUGCAAAGUCAAACCUGGAGAAGGCUGUUUCAGAGAUGGCUGCAGCGUCCGAUGAAGCAGCUAAAGCAGAAGCUCAGAUUAAAGUAGAAGCUAACGAAGCCCUUGUAAAAGCCCUGGAGUAAUUAAGGAAUCCCACUGUCGAUGUAAAGAAACCCCAGGCUGUCCUACUUGUCCUGGCUUCCCCGAUUGUACAGAUGGUGCGGGACAAAUGGAGGCGGAGAGAAUGCUCUAAUCGAUUAAAAGGAAAUGUAAUC